CACUUACAUACACUCACUUGAAAGUGCCAACCUAUCAACUAACUCCGCGUAUAAUCUUUCCGUCUCCCCCAACCAAGAUCUCGCAUCGUCAACUACCUUUUGCUCCCUUCAGUACCUGAUCGACCUUGAUCUUUUCCUCUCCAUCCGAUGCGUUCUUCUCGCUGUAUCCUCUAGCUAUAGUCUAGGGUGUAGUAUAGUGCCCCUCCUGCGCACAAAGCUCCCUUGAGAGAGCCUUUGUGGCUCCGGAAUUCGGAGCCAUGGCCAGCUUCAAGUCUCUUCUUAUAGCAUACGUCCUCGGCGGUUUGACCUUUAUACCGCUGGUGAUAGUGUCUGUGCUGGCGUUCAUAUUCUAUACCUCUCCCAUCGUCGACGACACCGCCAACGAACCGAAAUACAGCCCCAUCGUCGAUAAGGACGAUGAUACAACCGCUCUCGAGGCCGCUAAGCGGUCGCACAAGAAGGACAACCGCGCCCACGAAAACGACCUCGAUGUAGCCGCCGGCUUCUUCGCUGUGUGCAGAGAGUACACGCCUAUGGGGAUCAAUGCGAAGCCUAUCGAACGGCCAACGCCCGUGGGAUCUACGACCGUGGCCCCUUCGAGCCCCAGUGUCUAUCAGACCAUGUACCGGAGCAUAUUCGAGAGGAAGCCCACACCAGGACCUCUAGACAACAACAGUAACAGCACGAGUCAACGGCCCAAGAACGCGGGCAACGUUUUCUAUGUGGUGUUGAGACAUGGCCAUCUUAUGUUGUUCGACGACGAAGAACAGGUUGAAGUCCGACAUGUUGUUUCCCUGGCAUACCACGAUAUCAGUAUAUACUCAGGCGGUGAUGUCACUCCUGAAGGCGAACUCUUCAUCAAGCGAAAUGCGAUCCGACUAUCCCGAAAACAGGCUGGUACCGAACUGACUUCUGAUAGCCCUGUUUCUAAACCUUUCUUCCUAUUCUCUGAAAACUGUUCAGCAAAAGAGGAUUUCUACUUUGCCCUGCUCAAAAACCAAGAGCAGAGUUUCGGGGUGGACGGCCAAGUGCCGAAGCCAUUGCAUUUCGAUGUUAAGAAUAUCAUCUCACUGGUCCAGAAGCUUCACUCUACGGAAGAGAACAUCCAUUCGAGAUGGCUAAAUGCAUUGCUUGGGAGGGUCUUCUUAGGAAUCAACCAGACGAAGGAUAUCGAGACUUUCAUCCGUGAGAAGCUCACUAAAAAGAUCUCCCGUGUUAAACGACCUUCAUUUCUUACUCACAUUACCAUCAAUGGAAUUGACACCGGCUCGGCAGCACCUUACUUUACGAACUUCAAACUCAAGGAUCUUACAGUUGAGGGAGAAUGUGUCGUUGAAGCCGACGUCAAAUACUCGGGAAAUGCUCGUAUUGAAAUCGCUGCCACAGCAAAGAUCGACCUCGGCGCUAGAUUUAAAGCACGGGAAGUCAACCUUGUCCUUGCAGCUGUUCUCAAGAGAGCUGAGGGCCAUAUGCUGUUCAAGAUCAAACCGCCACCAAGCAACCGAGUUUGGGUAGCUUUCCAGAGCAUGCCCAAGAUGGAAAUGGAUAUCGAACCCAUCGUUAGUGCGAGACAAAUCACUUAUACAGUCAUCCUUCGACAGAUCGAGAAUCGUAUAAAGGAAGUCAUUGCAGAAACAGUCGUGUUGCCAUUCUGGGAUGAUAUGCCCUUUUUCAAGACGGAGCACAAGCAGUGGCGAGGCGGUAUCUUUGAAGGAGAUGACGCCACGGUUCCCACUAAUGAUGCUGAAAGUAUAGUCGCUGCAGCAGGAGAUGUUGCAGCUGUCAGCCAUCUUGAUGGAAACCCGGACUUAACAGAGGAGACGAAACCCCUGGAAAAAAGCCAGACAGUUCCAGUCAUGGAAGCAACACCACCGCCAACGGGUCUCUUUGGGCGCAGACUUAGCAGGACAGGCACAAACCCUCAAGCUUCUGUUUCUGCUUCUGCUUCAUCAACCAGUGUCGACUCCAAGGGACCGGGUGCAAGCCCAGUAUUGAAGCCCAAGAUCUCCAAGGCGUCCCUACAGCCUAUCGUGGGUACUGAUGCCGCUCAUGCUGACAUUUUCAAGCCAUCGACAUCACCCCCUGAUCAUGCUACUAAUUACAUGGCGGCUCUGCACUCCCGCUCACACGACGCUUCCCCCAAGCCCCCCCAGACUUCAGAUGCGCCUCUGGAGUCAUCGUCUGCUUCCCAAAGGUCAACCCGGUCUUCACGCUCUUCCUCAUCAGUAAACGAAGCCCUCAACAAUGAUGUACCGGAAGACACUCAGAAGACUCCUGUUGCCAUCGGCCGCCGUAAUACGACCUCGUCGACUGGUUCAUCUCACACUGAUGAAAGACCAGGUUCCUCUGCUGUCUCCUUGAAAGAGUCCAUCAAGAGCCAGACAGGGUCACUGGGAAGGAGUUUCUUUACACGGCGUGAGCAUCCGGAGGUACCCGUUCAAGUGGACGAGGAGUCGGACCACAGUGAAGCUUCUCGAGACCACCCGAAUAAUCCACUCCAGAGACAGACUACGCUGGCGGCUGUUUCAAAUGCAGCAUUGCAAGCCAAACAAUGGGGUUGGAACGCUUAUCAACGACACAAGGAAGCACGCAGACAGGCAGAGCAAGCAAACCAUCUUGAUCUCAGCCAGCCCAUGGGAAGAGGUCAACCACUACCUCCUCCAGGAACGCCUCUCCCUAAGCCUACAAAUGGCAUGACGCGGAUAGCACCCCCGAUGAGUGUUCCUGCGAGGAAGCCAGUCCCUGGACACAAUUCGGUAGAGUCUCUUGAGACUCACCACGAAAGCCAUCCUGAGCACGAGCAUGAGCAUGAGAAGCAUGGCGACCACCGUCCUCCCUUCUCUUCUCGCGGACGGCGUAGACAGAGCCACGCACCUGAACCGGACAAUGGACAGAAUGUAUUCGUCGUUGCCGCCCCAGAGGACUCUCAGCCCGCUACGCCAUCGGGCGAUGACCCUUCAAAUCAUCAAGUGUGGGCUUCCAGUGAUGAGCAGACAGUGACAGAUAGCGGAACAUCUCAUCCUCCCUCGAUGAUCACCAACGAAUCCUCACUCGUGCAAGAUGAAAAGUCAGCUAGCCCUGUAGAGCCAAAACCUGCCGCUCCAGCAGCAGCAGACGACGACGAUGACUUUUCUGGAUGGAUGGAUAACGAACCGUUAGAUAUGGAAAUCAAUGACCCUGUACAGCCAACUGUACAGGAAGUCAAGUAACACACACACACACACACAGAGAGAGAGAGAGAAUCAGGCGUUCUGGACUAUGACAGGCUGGGGAUGACUACAAGUUCCUGAUAGAGCAAGCUUCCUUCGGACUUACCUUUCUUAUAAUUAUUGUUGGAUCGGCGUUGCUGGACGGUGGAUGGGCUCUUGGUUAUAGGUGCUACAUCAGAUAUACCUCAAGAAUUGAGUAGUAAGUAAUUACACGCAGCCUGCACUGUACAUCGAAAUGGUUGUAUAUGCCAUUCGAUUGCAAGUGUCGUUGGAUGAGCUCUAUUUGUCUUGAGCCGUCGGUCGAGCACAUGAACGAAUGGUGCUUGAACAUGCCAGACAGCGAGCAUUCCUACAAGCGCGUCCCGGUUUGACAUCCCUUAGCUCACCAAACAGAACGAUAGUCGGCUGGUAAUACUUUGGGAGCAUUGAUUUGUUCGACAACAGCUUGCCUUGACUUCAAAGCAACCCUCAAUGUCUUCGAGAUUGUGACAAAUUCCAAAGUGCAAUGAGAAAAUGCCCUCGUUGUGAUGUUCUCUGCUCGGCUAACGGCAUCUUUGACCCUCACAUACAUCAAUGAUCGGCUUACGAUUGCUAUAAACCAUACCGUAAAGAUAAUCAGACAACAGCAUGGUUGCUGCACUUGCAAGAGAAUAUUCUCACAUGGUCAUUUCACCGGGUGGUUAUCGCAGUAAAGCCCCCACGUGUUAGUCACAAAGCAGUUGAGUCGUGGACGAUCUCGGGAAGACAUUCCUUUGCCAGAGACGCCCCUUGAUAGAUAAAACACAGAGGCAAAUGCAAGACAAAGAUCGUGAAAGUUCCGUAACGCCGAGAUGGAGGUAUUGAAAGAAAAUGAAUGCAGCAGGCAUUGUGUUGUGUCGGGUUCCGGGGGGGCCAACUGGACAGCAUAGCAUGGUCAUGCCUGAUUUUCAUUGUUGCAUUCACUUUGCCACCACUCGGCAGCAGUACAAGUGUCAGCUACCAGCCGAUAACAGUUCUGAGCUUGCUCGUCUUCGCACCGAGCGAGUGUUUCAUGUGCCCUCGUGUAUAUCGCAUCGGCAGAGUAAGCACAAAGAAAUGACGUCCAGUGCUCACUGUAACCUGUAACCAGCCUGGAAGGUAGCAGCUCAACACACCCACCAAACAGUCUACCUACCUAUACCCUCGGUUCUUGAGAAC